AUGAAGAGUUUUGGAAGCGUAAGAUCAAUAUUCAUGCAUGCGAACAGUGUGGAUUUAGUGCUGAUGGGAUUAGGUUUAAUCGGAGCCGUCGGUGAUGGCUUCAUCACUCCUAUAAUAUUUUUCAUCACCGGGCUGCUACUCAACGACAUCGGUGAUUCCUCAUUCGGUGAUAAAACCUUCAUGCAUGCCAUCAUGAAGAAUGCCGUAGCUUUGCUUUAUGUCGCUGGUGCAUCUUUGGUGAUAUGUUUCGUUGAAGGAUAUUGCUGGACUAGGACAGGGGAGAGACAAGCAUCAAGAAUGAGAGAGAAGUACUUAAGAGCAGUGUUAAGACAAGAUGUGGGUUACUUUGAUCUUCAUGUUACAAGCACUUCUGAUGUUAUCACCAGUGUCUCUAGUGACACCCUCGUGAUCCAAGACGUCCUUAGUGAAAAGUUACCAAAUUUUUUGAUGAGUGCAUCGGCGUUUGUCGCAAGCUACAUCGUGGGUUUCAUCAUGCUGUGGAGACUAACAAUAGUAGGUUUCCCGUUCUUUAUCCUCCUCUUGAUCCCUGGACUGAUGUGCGGACGAGCCCUCAUCAACAUCUCGAGAAAAAUACGUGAAGAGUAUAAUGAGGCUGGUUCUAUUGCCGAGCAAGCCAUCUCGUUGGUGCGAACCGUCUACGCAUUUGGUAGUGAGAGGAAGAUGAUAUCGAAAUUCUCAGCUGCGCUUGAAGGCUCAGUGAAGCUAGGGUUGAGACAAGGAAUAGCUAAAGGAAUCGCCAUUGGGAGCAAUGGUGUCACUUACGCCAUUUGGGGGUUCAUGACUUGGUACGGAAGUCGGAUGGUUAUGUACCAUGGAGCUAAAGGCGGUACUAUCUUCGCAGUCAUCAUAUGCAUCACCUAUGGUGGCACAUCACUUGGUCGAGGUUUGUCGAAUCUCAAAUAUUUCUCCGAGGCGGUUGUAGCAGGGGAAAGGAUUAUUGAAGUGAUAAAAAGAGUUCCCGAUAUUGAUUCGGACAACCCGAGAGGUCAAGUUCUUGAGAAUAUUAAAGGAGAAGUCCAGUUUAAGCAUGUGAAGUUCAUGUACUCAUCAAGACCCGAGACACCAAUCUUUGAUGAUUUAUGUCUAAGAAUCCCAUCUGGUAAAUCUGUUGCUCUGGUGGGUGGAAGCGGAUCAGGAAAAUCAACUGUGAUAUCGCUUUUACAAAGAUUUUAUGACCCCAUCGUAGGAGAGAUUCUUAUCGAUGGUGUGUCUAUUAAAAAGUUGCAAGUGAAAUGGUUGAGAUCACAAAUGGGUCUAGUUAGCCAAGAGCCAGCACUCUUCGCCACAUCGAUAGAGGAGAACAUAUUAUUUGGUAAAGAGGACGCAUCCUUUGAUGAAGUAGUGGAAGCUGCAAAGUCCUCAAAUGCUCAUGAUUUCAUUUCUCAGUUCCCUCUUGGUUACAAAACUCAGGUUGGGGAGAGAGGAGUGCAAAUGUCAGGGGGUCAGAAGCAAAGGAUUUCAAUUGCACGUGCGAUAAUCAAAUCACCGACACUUCUACUGCUAGACGAGGCAACAAGCGCAUUAGAUUCAGAAUCCGAAAGAGUAGUCCAAGAAGCCUUAGACAAUGCCACUAUUGGUCGUACAACUAUUGUUAUUGCUCACCGCCUCUCUACUAUUCGUAAUGUUGAUGUUAUAUGUGUAUUCAAAAAUGGUCAGAUUGUAGAAACUGGAUCACACGAAGAGCUCAUGGAGAAUGUAGAUGGUCAAUACACUUCUCUAGUCCGCUUACAAAUCAUGGAAAAUGAAGAAUCAAAUGAUAACGUUAGCGUAAGUAUGCGAGAGGGUCAAUUCUCAAAUUUCAACAAAGACGUGAAGUAUAGUUCAAGACUUUCUAUUCAAAGUCGGUCUUCCCUUUUCGCAACUUCAAGCAUUGAUACAAAUCUUGCUGGUUCAAUUCCAAAGGAUAAGAAGCCAUCUUUUAAGAGAUUGAUGGCGAUGAAUAAACCAGAGUGGAAACAUGCAUUGUAUGGUUGCUUAAGUGCAGUCUUGUAUGGAGCCUUACACCCAAUUUAUGCAUAUGCUUCAGGAUCAAUGGUGUCAGUGUAUUUUCUAACGAGUCAUGAUGAGAUGAAGGAGAAAACAAGGAUCUAUGUGUUGCUUUUCGUUGGUCUAGCUGUUUUAUGUUUCUUGAUCAGUAUCAUUCAACAAUAUAGUUUUGCUUACAUGGGUGAAUACCUAACGAAACGUAUACGAGAAAAUAUUCUCUCAAAGCUAUUGACCUUUGAGGUAAGCUGGUUCGAUGAAGACGAGAACUCGAGCGGAUCAAUUUGCUCUAGACUAGCCAAAGACGCAAACGUGGUGAGAUCGCUUGUUGGUGAACGAGUGUCGUUGUUGGUACAAACUAUAUCAGCAGUGAGUGUAGCUUGCACACUUGGUUUGGCCAUUUCUUGGAAAUUAUCCAUUGUGAUGAUUGCAAUACAACCAGUGGUUGUUGGAUGCUUCUACACUCAACGCAUUGUACUCAAAAGCAUAUCGAAAAAAGCCAUUAAAGCACAAGAUGAGAGCAGCAAACUAGCGGCAGAAGCUGUAUCCAACAUCCGAACCAUAACAGCAUUUUCGUCACAAGAACGGAUCCUAAAAUUACUCAAAAUGGUUCAAGAAGGACCACAAAGAGAAAAUAUCCGUCAAUCGUGGUUAGCAGGGAUUGUGCUAGCAACUUCUAGAAGUCUCAUGACAUGCACUUCAGCUUUGAAUUACUGGUACGGUGCUAGACUUAUUAUUGAUGGGAAGAUCACGUCAAAAGCAUUCUUUGAGUUGUUUAUACUCUUUGUGAGUACGGGUCGGGUUAUUGCGGACGCGGGAGCAAUGACGAUGGAUCUAGCCAAGGGCUCGGAUGCGGUCGGAUCAGUAUUUGCGGUGUUAGAUCGUUACACAAACAUUGAACCGGAGAAACCGGAUGGUUUCGUCCCACAAAACAUAAAGGGACAAAUAAAGUUUGUCAAUGUGGACUUUGCGUACCCAACACGCCCUGAUGUGAUUAUAUUUAAGAACUUCUCCAUUGAUAUUGACGAGGGAAAGUCGACAGCGAUAGUGGGUCCAAGCGGGUCAGGUAAAUCAACUAUAAUCGGGUUAAUCGAACGGUUUUAUGACCCGUUAAAGGGUAUUGUAAAGAUCGAUGGUCGUGAUAUAAGGUCUUAUCAUUUGAGAUCACUUCGUCAACACAUAGGUUUGGUUAGCCAAGAGCCAAUAUUAUUUGCUGGGACAAUCCGAGAGAACAUCAUGUAUGGAGGAGCAUCUGACAAGAUUGACGAGUCAGAGAUUAUCGAGGCGGCCAAGGCAGCCAACGCUCAUGAUUUCAUCGUAACAUUAUCGGACGGCUAUGAUACGUACUGUGGAGACAGAGGAGUACAACUAUCUGGUGGUCAAAAACAGAGGAUCGCGAUUGCUCGUGCGGUUUUGAAGAACCCAUCAGUGUUGCUUCUUGAUGAAGCUACGAGCGCUCUUGACAACCAAUCAGAGCGCAUGGUGCAGGAUGCACUCGGGCGUUUGAUGGUUGGAAGGACAAGUGUUGUGAUCGCUCAUAGGCUUAGCACCAUUCAAAACUGUGACACGAUAACUGUUUUAGACAAAGGGAAAGUUGUCGAAUGUGGAACACACUCUUCCUUGUUAGCUAAAGGUCCUACGGGUGUAUAUUUCUCUCUGGUCAGUCUCCAAAGAACUCGUUACUGA